AUGAUAAUGAAAAUACAGAAGAAAGAGAAGCAAUUGUCAAAUUUAAAAGUUGUGAAUCACUCCCCAAUGUCUGAUGCCUCUGUCAAUUUUGACUACAAAUCCCCUUCCCCGUUUGACCGCAGCACUGAUCAGGAAGAGAAAAUUGAAGAUGUUGCCAGUCACUGUCUGCCCCAGAAAGACCUGUAUGCUGCUGAAGAGGAAGCUGAGGCUCUUUUUCCUAGAAAAAUGACAUCUCAUAAUGGACUGGAGGACAGUGGAGGAGGAGGAACUGGAGUGAAGAAGAAACGGAAGAAAAGGGAUCCAGGAGAGCAGGAGGGGACAGCAAAGGGAAGCAAGGACAGGGAGCCCAAGCCAAAGAGGAAGCGAGAACCUAGAGAGCCAAAGGAACCCAGGAAGGCCAAGGAGCCCAAGAAGGUCAAGGAGCCCAAGGUGCCCAAGGAGCCGAAGCAGAAGGAUGGAGCCAAGAAAGCUCGGAAGCCCCGGGAGGCCUCGGGCGCCAAGGAGGCCAAAGAGAAGAGGAACGGUGCCGACUCCACGGCCAGGACAAAGUCCAGGAAGGCCAGCAAAGAGCAAGGACCAACCCCAGUAGAGAAAAAGAAGAAAGGAAAAAGGAAAAGUGAAACCACAGUGGAAAGUUUAGAACUGGAUCAGGGCCUGCCACACUCAUCCCUGCGGAGUCCUGAGGAGUCCACUGAGUCUGCAGACAGCCAGAAACGACGCUCAGGACGGCAAGUGAAACGCAGAAAAUACAACGAGGAUCUGGACUUCAAGGUGGUGGAUGACGACGGGGAAACCAUCGCUGUUCUCGGAGCUGGCCGGGCCUCUGCCCUCUCCGCUUCUACACUGGCGUGGCAGGCGGAGGAGCCUCCAGAAGAUGAUGCAAACAUCAUUGAGAAGAUCCUGGCAUCUAAGACCGUCCAGGAGGUUCACCCUGGAGAACCCCCAUUUGACUUGGAGCUGUUCUACGUUAAGUAUAGAAAUUUUUCCUACUUACAUUGUAAAUGGGCUACAAUGGAAGAGCUUGAAAAGGAUCCUCGGAUUGCUCAGAAGAUCAAGCGAUUUAGGAAUAAACAAGCCCAGAUGAAGCACAUUUUUACUGAGCCUGACGAAGACUUGUUCAACCCAGACUAUGUAGAAGUUGAUCGCAUCUUGGAAGUGGCCCACACCAAGGAUGCAGAAACAGGAGAGGAGGUAACUCACUACCUGGUGAAGUGGUGCUCACUGCCUUAUGAGGAAAGCACCUGGGAGCUGGAAGAAGAUGUGGAUCCUGCAAAAGUUAAAGAAUUCGAAUCUCUUCAAGUUCUCCCUGAAAUUAAAAAUGUGGAGCGACCUGCUUCUGACUCCUGGCAGAAACUUGAGAAGUCUCGCGAGUAUAAAAACAGUAACCAGCUCCGGGAGUACCAGCUGGAGGGGAUGAACUGGCUUCUUUUUAACUGGUAUAACAGAAAGAACUGUAUUUUGGCUGAUGAAAUGGGCCUCGGGAAAACCAUCCAGUCCAUCACAUUCCUUUCAGAAAUAUUCCUCAGGGGGAUCCAUGGCCCUUUCCUCAUCAUCGCCCCGCUCUCCACCAUCACUAACUGGGAGCGGGAGUUCCGGACUUGGACAGAGAUGAAUGCCAUUGUGUACCACGGCAGCCAGAUCAGCAGGCAGAUGAUCCAGCAGUAUGAAAUGGUAUACAGAGAUGCACAGGGAAACCCCCUUUCAGGAGUCUUCAAGUUUCAUGUAGUCAUAACAACAUUUGAGAUGAUCUUGGCAGACUGCCCAGAGCUGAAGAAGAUUCACUGGAGCUGUGUGAUAAUCGAUGAAGCCCACAGAUUGAAGAAUAGGAACUGCAAACUUUUGGAGGGUCUAAAGCUCAUGGCCUUGGAACACAAAGUACUGCUCACGGGGACACCCUUGCAGAACUCCGUGGAGGAGCUUUUCAGUUUGUUAAAUUUCCUGGAGCCAUCACAGUUUCCUUCUGAGACCGCCUUCUUGGAAGAGUUUGGAGAUCUGAAAACAGAAGAACAGGUGAAGAAACUGCAGUCUAUCCUAAAACCAAUGAUGCUUCGGCGGCUGAAAGAUGAUGUGGAAAAGAACCUUGCUCCCAAACAAGAGACCAUCAUUGAAGUAGAGCUGACUAACAUCCAAAAAAAGUACUACCGUGCCAUCCUCGAGAAGAACUUUUCCUUCCUGACCAAGGGGGCAAAUCAGCACAAUAUGCCCAAUCUCAUCAACACCAUGAUGGAGCUGAGAAAGUGCUGUAACCAUCCCUAUCUGAUCAACGGGGCAGAGGAGAAAAUUCUGGAAGAUUUCAGAAAAACUCACAGCCCUGAUGCCUCCGACUUUCAGCUGCAGGCCAUGAUUCAGGCAGCAGGGAAGUUGGUGCUGAUUGAUAAGCUGCUCCCUAAGCUGAUUGCAGGUGGCCAUAAAGUGCUCAUCUUCUCCCAGAUGGUGCGCUGUCUCGAUAUCCUGGAAGAUUACCUCAUCCAGAGAAGAUACACCUAUGAGCGAAUUGAUGGGCGAGUACGGGGAAACCUGCGCCAGGCAGCCAUCGACCGGUUCUGUAAGCCAGACUCAGACCGCUUUGUCUUUCUUCUGUGCACCAGAGCGGGAGGCCUGGGGAUCAAUCUCACAGCUGCCGAUACCUGCAUCAUAUUUGAUUCAGACUGGAACCCACAAAAUGACUUGCAGGCUCAGGCCCGAUGCCACCGGAUAGGCCAGAGCAAAGCUGUGAAGGUGUACCGUCUCAUUACUCGUAACUCCUAUGAGCGGGAAAUGUUUGACAAAGCCAGCCUUAAGCUGGGUCUGGACAAAGCUGUUCUUCAGGACAUCAACCGAAAAGGCGGCACCAAUGGGGUACAGCAACUCUCAAAAAUGGAGGUAGAGGACUUGCUCCGGAAAGGUGCUUAUGGAGCCUUAAUGGAUGAGGAAGAUGAAGGCUCCAAGUUCUGUGAAGAAGACAUAGACCAGAUUCUGCAGAGAAGAACCCACACCAUCACCAUCCAGUCUGAAGGGAAAGGGUCCACCUUUGCCAAGGCUAGCUUUGUGGCUUCAGGAAACAGAACAGAUAUUUCCUUAGAUGACCCAAACUUUUGGCAGAAAUGGGCUAAAAUAGCUGAAUUGGACACUGAAGCAAAGAAUGAAAAGGAAAGCUUAGUGAUCGACCGGCCUCGCGUGCGAAAGCAGACCAAACAUUACAACUCCUUUGAGGAGGAUGAGCUCAUGGAGUUUUCAGAGUUAGACAGUGACUCUGAUGAAAGGCCCACGAGGUCCAGGCGCCUCAAUGACAAAACCAGGCGCUACCUCCGAGCUGAAUGCUUCCGGGUAGAGAAGAACCUACUCAUCUUUGGCUGGGGCCGCUGGAAGGACAUCCUGACUCACGGACGGUUUAAGUGGCAUCUGAAUGAGAAGGACAUGGAAAUGAUUUGCCGUGCCCUGCUGGUGUACUGUGUCAAGCAUUACAAGGGGGACGAGAAGAUCAAGAGUUUCAUUUGGGAAUUGAUCACGCCUACCAAAGAUGGGCAGGCCCAAACCCUCCAGAACCACUCAGGGUUGUCUGCUCCAGUCCCCAGAGGGCGGAAGGGGAAGAAGACGAAGAACCAGCUGCUGCUCCCAGAGUUAAAGAAUGCCGACUGGCUGGCCACCUGCAACCCUGAGGUAGUCUUGCAUGAUGAUGGCUACAAGAAACACCUCAAACAGCACUGCAACAAGGUGCUUUUGCGAGUCCGAAUGCUGUACUACUUAAAAGCUGAGAUACUGGGAGAAGCAGCUGAUAAAGCAUUUGAGGGAACUCCUGCCAGGGAGCUGGAAGUGCCUCUGCCGGACAUUGACUAUGUGGAGAUCCCGGUGGAUUGGUGGGAUGCUGAGGCCGAUAAAUCCCUUCUCGUUGGUGUGUUCAAACAUGGGUAUGAGAGGUACAAUGCCAUGCGAGCAGACCCGGCACUUUGCUUCCUGGAGAAAGUCGGGAUGCCAGAUGAGAAGUCCCUUUCUGCAGAACAGGGCACCACGGACGGGGCCUCAGAAGUUCCUGAAAGAGUCCACAUGGAUAAAGAAGACAAUGCUGAAGACAAAAUAGAUGGCCUCCAGAAACAAAUGGAGAGUUCCAGUGAUGGAGGUGAUGGCAUUUUUGGUGAAAAGAAGGAUGACAGCCGGGCAGCCCAGGAUGGCUCUGACCCAGACAAAUCACCCUGGCCAGUUUCAUCGGCUCUCACAGCUCGUCUCAGACGUCUGGUCACGGUUUACCAGCGCUGCAAUCGCAAGGAACUCUGCCGACCUGAAAUUCUGGGACCGAGUAACCAAGGAUACUGGGUCCAGGAUGAGAUGUUCAGGAGAACCUCAGAAAUGGAUCUCAUCAACAAGGAAGCCCAGAAGAGGUGGACCAGGAGAGAGCAAGCAGACUUCUACAGAGCAGUGUCAUCCUUUGGUGUUGUUUAUGAUCAAGAAAAGAAAACCUUUGACUGGACACAGUUCCGCAUCAUUUCCCGUUUGGACAAGAAGUCCGAUGAGAACCUGGAACACUAUUUUUACAGUUUUGUGGCCAUGUGCCGCAAUGUCUGCCGUCUGCCAGCAUGGAAGGAUAGUGGUCCCCCAGACCCCACCAUCUAUGUUGAACCCAUCACUGAGGAACGUGCUGCAAGGACUCUCUACCGCAUUGAACUGUUACGGAAGGUUCGCGAGCAAGUGUUGAAGUGUCCUCAACUGCAUGAACGCCUCCAGCUGUGCAGGCCCAGCCUCUACCUUCCCGUCUGGUGGGAGUGUGGGAAGCACGACCGGGACCUGCUCAUCGGCACUGCCAGACACGGGCUCAGCCGUACUGACUACUACAUCAUGACCGACCCCCAGCUGUCCUUCCUGGAUGCCUACAGGAACUAUGCCCAGCAUAAAAGAACUGACACCCAGGCACCAGAAAGUGUCUGCUGUCUUUACCAGACCAAUUCCAAACUGUAUGAAUCUCUUACGUAUACUCAGCUGAGCAGGACUUCAGAGUCCCUUGAAAAUGAACCCGAGAACCUAGUGAAAAUAGAAGGUAGAGAUGGUCUUGGUCCACCAGGGGGCAGCUUAUCUGACAUGACUUGUGAUAACUUUAUUUCUAAAGUCCAGGAUGUCAUUUCCAUCACCCAUGAUGAAAGCCUGCUGCCUGAGUCCUUGGAGAGCAUGAUGUACAGUAAGAAGGCACUAGGCCAAGAGCCAGGCUCUUUUCCCGAGAGCCCCAGUACCCUUCUAGAAUCCAGAAAUGAUAAUGCCAUCUCAGCAAGCUCAGAUGGAAAAUGCCAUCCUGGUGGCCACGGGACAGAAAUGGUUACAGACCCUUCUCUUAUGAGUAGUUUAGAAGCAGGAGUAGCUCAGAUGAACAUUAAAAAUGGAAAACAUUUGUUGAUGUCUCUUUCAAAGGAAGAGGAACUGUGCUGCAGUGAAUUGAGGCAGAGACCUGAAAGCUUUGGCCAGCUGGAGGCCAAAUGUUUAGCCACCCCUUCCUUGGAUCAAGGCAGUGAAAGUGGGUUUGUAGAUAUGUGCAAUCUUAGUGUCUGCGACUCCAAAAGAAACCUGUCAUCAGAUCAGCAGUUAAUUGACCUAUUGGAAAACAAAAGUUUAGAAAGUAAAUUGAUGUUGAACCAGAACCACAGUGAGGAGGAGGAGGAGGAGGAAGAAAACGAGGAGGAAAACUCAGACAAUGCAGCAAGCUUGAGGGAAAGGCCAGCGGUCCUGCCUCCCACCGAGCCCACCACUAAUAUCCUUAGGGACAAGAGCCAAGGCUUCCAUGUAGAUGAAGCCACAAAAGGAAGUCUGGAGGUUGUCAGCCCAAGUCCGGCACUGCAGAGGGCUUUCCCUCAAGUGUCUUGUCAGUGUCACUGCAAACACGUGGAAAGGUGGACGCGGGGCCCUGAGAACAAUGGGUUUGAACUAGAGAAACCAAAGGUUUAUAGCCCAGACCUCUACAAAAGCAAAGUCAAUAGUAUCACAGUGGAGGCUGAACCUCACCCUGCUAUUCCGUCAGAGCUGUUUAAAGUAAAGCAUGAACUUUUGAAAGAACCAUGGAAAGACAGUACAGAAGGAAAAAAAGGUUUCCCUCCAUUUCCUCCUGAAGGAUGUGAGCUCAAAUCAGAAGACACGGAUUUUGAGGGUAAAGAUGACUAUGAUAGAGACGGGAGCUGCCAUAACCAAGAUUAUCCAGGGAAAUACUCUGAAGAGGAGAGCAAGAGUUCAACAUCAGGAGUUGUUGGAGAUGUUGGGGAUGACCUACAGGAGGCUCGGGCUCCCACCAUCGCUCAGCUGCUCCAGGAGAAAACCCUCUACUCCUUCUCCGAGUGGCCCAAGGAUCGCGUGAUAAUCAACCGCCUAGAUAACAUCUGCCACGUGGUGUUAAAGGGGAAGUGGCCCUCUAGCCAGCAGUAUGAGCCCUCGAGCUCCCUGCCUACCCCUGUGCUAACCAGUGCUGGUUCUCGAAGCAGCGUCUCAGAGCCAGAAGCGUCAGAACACAGCUUCAGCAAUGGUGCCUCAUUGGUGGCCCAGAUCCAGAAGGAGAGCUUCCUGACUCCGGUAUUCACGAAGGAUGAGCCGAAGCACAGACGUCCCUAUGAGUUCGAGGUGGAGAGGGAUACAAAGGCCCGGAGCCUGGAGCCAUUCUCUGCUGCCCACGGGCACCCCCCCAUCGUUCUCAAUGGCUGGCACGGGGAGUCAGCAAUAGAUCUCUCCUGCACGUCAGAGGGGUCCCCAGGAGCCACACCCCCCUUCCCAGUGAGCGCCAGCACCCCUAAGAUUGGGGCUAUUGGUUCCCUUCAAGGGGCCCUUGGCAUGGACUUGUCUGGGAUCUUACAGGCUGGUCUGGUCCAUCCAGUGACUGGACAGAUCGUCAACGGGAGCCUCAGAAGGGAGGACGCUGCCACCAGGAGACGGAGAGGGAGGCGGAAGCAUGUCGAUGGGGGGGCGGACCUCCUCUUCCUGAAGGAGCAGACGCUUCAGGCAGGAGUCCUGGAAGUACAUGAAGACCCAGGGCAAGCCCCUCUGAACACCUCACACCCUGAAGGACCAGUGCCUGCUCCCGCACCCUCGGAGCCAGCCCCUGCAGCCGGCAGCCAGACCGAGAAAGCCAUCCCCAGCAAGAGCCUACUUGACUGGCUGAGGCAGCAGGCUGACUACUCCUUAGAAGUUCCUGGCUUCGGAACAAAUUUUUCAGACAAACCAAAGCAGAGGCGACCGCGCUGUAAGGAACCUGGAAAAUUAGAUGUCAACUCUCUGAGUGGGGAAGAGAGAGUGCCUGCUGUUGCCCCCAAGGAGCCAGGACUAAGGGGAUUUCUUCCAGAAAACAAGUUCAAUCACACUCUGGCUGAGCCUGUUGUCCGAGAUGCAGGCCCUCGCAGGAGGGGAAGGCGGCCUCGGAGUGAGCUGCUGAAAGCACCCGCCAUCGUGGCGGACUCUCCCUCGGGGAUGGGGCCACUCUUCAUGAAUGGGCUGAUUGCUGGGAUGGACCUGGUGGGACUGCAGAACAUGAGGAACAUGCCAGGCAUCCCCCUCACGGGGCUGGUGGGAUUCCCGGCUGGCUUUGCCACGAUGCCCACGGGUGAAGAGGUCAAAAGCACCUUGAGCAUGCUGCCCAUGAUGCUACCGGGAAUGGCCACGAUGCCCCAGAUGUUUGGUGUUGGGGGACUCCUCGGUGCACCCAUGGCUACUACCUGCACUUCCUCCCCUCCAGCUCCUCUAUCAAGCACAACAAAAAGUGGUACGUCAGCGACUGAAAAGACUGCAGAAGACAAGCCAGGUAGCCACGAUGGAAAAACGGACACUUUAGCUGAAGACAAGCCUGGCCCUAGUCCAUUUUCUGAUCAGUCUGAACCUGCAAUAACUACAAGUAGUCCUGUGGCUUUUAACCCGUUUCUCAUCCCAGGAGUGUCUCCUGGACUCAUUUACCCGUCCAUGUUCCUCUCCCCUGGCAUGGGCAUGACUCUGCCAGCCAUGCAGCAGGCCAGACACUCUGAAAUAGUCGGUCUGGAGAGCCAGAAGAGGAAGAAGAAGAAAGCAAAAGGGGACAGCCCUACCCCCAACCCAGAGCCUGCUCCUGGGUCCGAAAAGGAGCCAAGCAGUGAUCAGAACUGCCCGGAACCCAGGGCCCCGGGGCCCCCAGGUAGAGAACACGCAUCCCACGCUGGGGACGGGGCCUUCAAAGACUCUAACAGUGACACCAAUUAGAACUUUUUUCAUUUAAGAAAUUAUUGUGACUUGUAAGUUUCUUAUCCCAUAACGAUUUGUUACUUCCCUCACUUCACCCUCACAAGAACCUGUGUUUCCAUCAGUAAUUAUUACCUACCUAAUUUCCUGUCUGAGAACCAUGGUAACAGAUGUGAAUAGCUGCAGGGUCUUGCCACUUCAUUAGAUAAGUGUCGUUGACCUAGUCUAGGAGGCACAGAGUUCUCAUUCUGUUAUCCCGUCGUUCAUUCCAGCAAUUGUAGUUAAUACAGUACUUGGUGACACGCCCUACCCCCUUCUUGUCCAUGUUUCCCUCUUACUUGAGGAGGAAAAAUGGCAAAAGAGCGCUGCCCAGGGAUUUAUCAUUGCAGGGCCGAAGAACAGACAUGAGGAGCAGCUUUUUUUCCGUGAGCUGUGUUAAACGGGAAGAAUGUAACAGGGAAACCAAAAAGCACAGAAAAAGGAAGUGCUGGUGCAUAUUUUUUAGUUAAAAUGGCUCCCUAUUUUAUCAUGAUGACUAAAUGCGUAGUAUAGACAGCAGUAUAUAACUAAUGGUUGAAAAUGCGUAUGUCCAUUUCUUUAUAGCAAAAACCUUACUGGCAGUAGCAUAAUUUUCCCCUUUAUGGUUUUCUGAAACUUGCAGCAAGAAGAAAUGCUGGCAAGGCAGUAUUUCUAGGCAUUGUACACGCGCGUGCUGGCCCUCCCAAGCUAACAGCACGUCCUCGAGCCCUCCCAAACUAACAGCACGUCCUCGAUGGGGGACGCUCUCUGGGCCUGGAGUUCCUGCCUCUGCAGAGUUGGGCGAGGGGCCGCCCUCCGCGGGGCUCCACGCUGCUCACAAGCACACGGCUGGCGCCCGGCCGGCACCUCCUUCGCUUGAGAAUGGCUCUCGCUACUACCAGGGCCUGAUGGGCUUUUAUUUGUGCUUUACUUCACCACAAAAAGGCUGUUUCUAGAGCCUGCAAGAAAAUCAUCACUCAACACUUUUACACUUGCUAGGUCUUUUUGUCAGAGUUACUCGAGGUUGUCAAAAUGUGUGUACCACCCUUUUUAAUAUGACUGUGAAACGCUUUUCCUUCUCCAUGUUCCCUCUUUUCUGUUUAUACAGUUGGACCCAAAUUCCAGAUUGUCAGGUUAGUGGAGACCGUUGCAAAUCGCCUUGACUUUCCCUCCUUCCCGCCGGCUGAGCAGAAUGCCCGAGCAGCACCCCUUUUUUUCUCCCCUCCCUUUUGAUAGUCUUACUGACAGUUCACUCUCUGAGACUUGAAUGAGCUCGGGCCUGGGGCAGGCCGUGCAGGGCUGUCGGAAAUGUUGGAAGUGUUACUAGUACCAGUUCCACUUUGUUGUCACGAUUUACUGUAUUUUUUACUUUUUCUGUUACAGUUUUGCUAAUUUAUCAGAAGGUCCAAAAGUUUGACAUAACUAUUUCAGUUUGCAUUAUUUAUUUAUGAUGCUUUUUGCCAUUGUCUUUUAUACAUUUGGGAUUAUAAAUUAUGUAAAUGUUAAAACAAGCAUCUCAAAGAAGUCUGUUAAAUUGUGACCGAGAAAUCAUUCAGGUGUAUUUUAAAAAAAACGGAGCCCCAGUUUUAUGAAUCAGAGAUAUAAAUCAGAAACUGUAUAGCUGAUCAUAUAAGGAGAAAGAAUCCAGUAAUUGAACAGAUCCUAUUUAAUGACAUCUUUGUAGCAUAGAUGUUCUGUGAUGCUGACAACAGAUUUCUUAGAAAUGCUGCUUUCUCUAUUUAACUAACAUUUUGUUCAGUUUUGCCUCCAGUGGAAGCAAGAAAGGGUUUUUUCAGCUGUUAAAUCCUAAAAAUCAAUAUAAUUUAUUUAUGUAAAAAAAUCACUCAAUCGAUAUAUUUUUGAACCUUUUAAGUACUAAUUUUCUUUUUAUCAAGUAGAAAAAAAAUGUAUUUGCCCUAAAUCCUUAAAAUACAAAUGCUAUAAAAAUUCAUGUAUCUUGAAAGCCUUACUGCAAAAUGAGUAUUAUAGACACCCAGCAGAGCCUGGGUCUCCUGUCCUUGUCGCCUCGUCGCCGUUUGUAUGGAAAAGCUGCUUUCCCAGGUCCCACUAGACUCUCCAGUAGGUCACAGGGUUCAAUAUGGAUUUGGUUUAAAAACCCACCAGCAUGCUCAAUCCCUUGUUAUAUCUUAUUGAACCUAUAUGUUAACUUUCUGGGUGUUUAGGCUUAUAUUUGACUGCUAUUGUGUCCCUGUUUGCAAAAUGAAAAUGACACUCUGGAUUAUUUGCUCUGUAAGGCAUAAGUGCUUCUUAUUAUUUUGACGUUUCCAAGAGCAGAAGCCAAAUCUAAACUCUCUUCAACAACCUUGAGCCUUUUCAUCUAAUUCAAUGUCACUCACAGCCAUCACUUUCCUCGAUCAUUCUUCACCCCAUGUCUUACAUAAUAAAUUGUCUGUGUACUUGAUCCUGGAUUUAAAAGACAAAAGUUUAAAAGUCAAAUUUGUAUUUGAGAAAUUCAGUGGCACUUG